UUUAUAUCAAUGUAUCACUGCAUUCUUGUAUCACUGUAUCCUUGUAUCAUCUUAUCACUGUAUCGUUGUAUCAGUGUAUCACUGUAUUACUGUAUCAAUGUAUCACUGUAUCCUUGUAUCCUUGUAUUCUUGUAUCAUCGUAUCAUUGUAUCAUUUUAUCAUUGUAUCGUUGAAUCAGUGUAUUACUGUAUCAUUGUAUCCUUGUACCUUCGUAUCAUUGUAUCAUCUUAUCAUUGUAUUGUUGGUAUCAACAUAUCAUGA